GGUGCAACUCGAUAGCGCGGAUGCGUGAAGCGCAAAUUGAUGUGCAAAUAUGCCAUCACGCUCCACGUUACGUGAAGCCCUGGGAAGGGGGGGCGCUGAUAUGCCAAUAAAGUGCCCAGGUGUGCAAGGGGCGGGGCCUUCUGCAUCUCCCCUGCUAUUAAGCUCGGCCCAGGUACUGAACACCUGUAUUCCUCUUGCCGAGCCAGCGCUGCAGCCCGCGCACCAUGAGCACCAGCUACCCUCGCCCGGGGAGCCUGAGCUUUAGCAGCCGCUCCCACGGCUCGCUCUCCAACCGGGGCUCUUUGUACCGGGCCAGCCCGGGGAGCUUCCAGCCGGGGCUCUUCCGACUAGGAUCUACCUCCAGCGCCUUCCCCGGCUCUCCCCUGUCCGCCUCGCCCGCUUUCCUUCUCUCCUCGCUGCCCACUUUGGAGAUCGACCCUAAACUGCACCAGAUCCGGACGGAGGAGAAGGAGCAGAUCAAAGGGCUCAACAAUCAGUUCGCCUCCUUCAUCGACAAGGUGCGAAAGUUAGAGCAACAGAACAAAGUGCUGGAGACACAGCUGAGGCUCCUGAAGGGCAAAGACCAGUACAAAUCCAAUGUGGGGCGCAUCAUGACGGCCCACAGCCAGCCCCUCAAGCAGCAAAUUGAUGCACUGAAACAGGACAAGGUGAAGCUGCAGAAUGAGCUGGACCACAUGCAGGCCUACCUGGAUGAACUGAAAAGCAGGUAUGAAGAUGAAAUCAACCGGCGUAACCAACUUGAAAAUGAAUUUGUGCUUACCAAGAAGGACCUAGAUGACAUCUAUGUGCAGAAAGUGGUUGUUGAGUCGAAGCUAGAGAGCACCUCCAAUGAAAUGAAAUACCUCAGCCAGCUCUUUGAAGAGGAGACCCGGGAGUUGCAACCUCAGAUCCAAAAUGCAAUGGUCACUGUGGAGAUGGACAAUAACCGGGAGUUGGAGAUGAAGCAUAUAAUUGAUGAGGUGAAGGAGCAGUACCAGGCCAUGGCUGCCAAAAGCCGUGAUGAGACAGAACAGUGGUACAAGAACAAGUGUGAUGACAUAGCAAGACAGACCCAGAAGAACCUUGAGGAUCUGAAGAGAGCCAGAGGGCAGAUUGCUGAGCUGACACGCUACGCCCAGCGUCUUAAUGGGGAAAUUGAGGCCCUGAAGAACCAGCGAGCCAACUUGGAGAGUGCCGUGGCGCAGGCUGAAGAGCAAGGGGAGCAGGCUGUGCAGAGUGCCAAGGGUGCCAUCCAAGACCUGGAGGAGGCUCUGAGGCGGGCCAAGCACGACAUGGCUGGCAAGGUGCGAGAAUACCAAGAGCUGAUGAAUGUCAAGCUGGCCCUUGACAUAGAAAUUGCCACCUAUCAGAAACUGCUGGAAGGAGAAGAGAACCGGAUGGGUGGCCAGGCUCCAAGUCAGCAGUUCAGUGCUAUAGACAAACUAGAUUUCUAAAUCCAUCCAUUGCUUAUGCAGCUGGGCUCCUGACACAGGGGAUGGCGCUGCCUGCCCACAACAUGGCACCUGGGGGGACUUCCUUGACCAACAACAACUCACUGAAGAGGCCCUUGCUCAUCA